AUGGGGCAAACGACCGAAGAAAAAUUUAACGCCUUGAAGAAUCAGACCGGCCAGGUCGACGGCAACAAAGUCGCAGAGGUCUUUGACGAAGCGAAGCCCGUCACGCCAGACCAGCUCACCGGGUCAUGGGUCGGGGGCAGCUUCGACACCGGCCAUCCGGCUCACAAGAAGCUCGGCGACGUCAAGUGGGCUGGCAAGGACUUCCGCUCGGCGGAGGACGUUGACCCGAUGGUCGUGUAUGGCGAGAACGGGGAACGGGUGUGGGCCGAGAAUUACGGCCGUGCUAGGCUACGAGAGAUCAAGUUCCGCGGCGUGGUCUCGACGGCGAUGGUGUACGACAACUUGCCCAUCAUUGACUCGUUUCGGCAUGUUAAGGAUGGGGUUGUGAUCGGGGCCAUGGACAGCAAACUCCUUCCAAAAAAGGCCGGGACAUAUUACUUUUAUUUGUCCAAGCUCUGA